AUGGCUAAGGCUGCCAAGGAACUGGCUGUAAAGAAUGAGGAGAUGCUACGAGAGGUACACCAGGCUGGGGUAGUGGCCCUGGAGGCUGAGAGAGAGGAGGAGAGAGGGAGACAUCAGGAGGAGGUGGAGAGGCUCAGGGAGGACUUUGACACCAGACUGCACCAAGAGUUGGAGGAGUUGACCCAGUCCCACAAGGCAGAGGUCGGUGUCCUGCAGCCAGCAGUACCAGACACAGCUGGACUCACUCACCCUCUCCACCAGCACAAUAUGGCUCAGGCCAGAGAGGCGAUUGAGAAGAGUGUGAUGACAAGAACAGAGAAGGAGUUCCAGUCUCGACUCCAGCAGCUACAGAAUGAACACACACCGCCCAACUCAGGUGCGUGUCAAGCAAGUGAUGCUGCCGAAAUCACAGUUCAUGUGUGUAUGUGUCAGUGUCAUGCAUGUGAGAGUGGUUCUGAAGGCCAAUGCAAGUCCCCUCAAGUGUAUGGCUUUUACACCACCUUAAACAAUUGGCUACAGCUUCCGUAUUUCCUCAAUCCUCAAAUAGACACUGCACUGUUGAUUGGCUGUGAUAUACUACACAGAGUGGUGGAGGAGGAGGGGGCAGAGAGAGUUGCACAGGUACAUCAAGAGCUGGAGAGAGUUAAGAGCAUGUGCAACAUGUAUACUUCUAUCCACCAGGAGGAGCUGGUGGAAGUGAGGGAGGUGGUGGAGGAGCAGCGAGGAGUCCUGAGGGAGAGAGAGGAGGAGAGGGAGAGACUGAGUCUCCAGGUCCAGGCAGCUGUGUCAGGGGAGAGGGAUAGGGAGGACCAGAGGGACAGACAGCACCGCGAGGACACUGCCUCUCUCGCCAUCCUCCAGAAACAACUGAGUGCUCUCACCAAUGAGAAGUACAUAAGAACUCCGUGUUAA